CGGAUGCGCCUGGGCGGCGGUGGUUGCCAGGGCGACAGGCGCUUCCAAGAGGUUCUGGUACUCGCGACUGGAGACUUAGAAAAAGGUUUCCUUUGGCGGGCCUGGACGGCUGGGGUCGUCUUCUCGGGGUUCCCAGGAUGUUCUUUUACCUGAGCAAGAAAGUCGCCAUUCCCGAUAACGUAAAGCUGAAAUGUGUAUCUUGGAACAAGGACCAAGGAUUCAUAGCAUGUGGUGGUGAAGACGGAUUACUGAAAGUUUUGAAAUUAGAGACACAGACAGAUGAUGCAAAAUUGAGAGGUCUUGCAGUCCCUAGUAACCUUUCUAUGAAUCAGAAUCUAGAAGGUCAUAGUGGUUCGGUUCAAGUUGUAACAUGGAAUGAACAAUAUCAGAAGUUGACUACCAGUGAUCAAAAUGGGCUUAUCAUUGUUUGGAUGUUAUAUAAAGGCUCUUGGUACGAGGAGAUGAUCAACAACAGAAAUAAAUCAGUGGUUCGAAGUAUGAGCUGGAAUGCUGACGGACAGAAGAUCUGCAUUGUGUAUGAAGACGGGGCUGUGAUAGUUGGUUCGGUGGAUGGGAAUCGCAUUUGGGGAAAAGACUUGAAGGGUGUACAGUUAUGCCAUGUAGCAUGGUCUGCAGAUAGUAAGAUCCUACUUUUUGGAAUGACAAGUGGAGAAAUACACAUUUAUGAUAAUCAAGGGAAUUUUAUAAUGAAAAUGAAACUGAACUGUUUGGUGAACGUCACCGGAGCAAUCAGUAUUGCUGGAAUUCACUGGUACCAUGGCCAAGAAGGCUAUGUGGAGCCAGACUGCCCCUGCCUUGCUAUUUGUUUUGACAAUGGGAGGUGCCAAAUCAUGAGACAUGAGAAUGACCAGAAUCCCGUUUUAAUUGAUACUGGCAUGUUUGUAGUAAGUAUCCAGUGGAACCACACUGGCAGCGUGUUGGCUGUGGCAGGCUCCCAGAAGGUUGUCACUCAGGAUAAAGAUGUAAACACUGUGCAGUUUUACACUCCAUUUGGUGAGCAUUUGGGUACUUUGAAGGUUCCUGGAAAGCAGAUGUCUGCACUAUCUUGGGAAGGAGGAGGACUGAAAAUUGCACUAGCCGUUGAUUCUUUUAUAUAUUUUGCAAACAUUCGACCUGAUUAUAAGUGGGGUUAUUGCUCCAAUACUGUAGUAUAUGCUUAUACCAGACCUGAUCGUCCCGAGUAUUGUGUUAUCUUUUGGGAUACAAAAAACAAUGAGAAAUAUGUUAAAUAUGUGAAGAGUCUCAUUUCUAUUACUACCUGUGGAGAUUUCUGCAUUUUGGCUACGAAAGCUGAUGAAAAUCAUCCUCAGGAGGAGAACGAGAUGGAAACAUUUGGUGCAAUGUUUGUGCUAGUUCUUUGUAAUUCUAUUGGCACACCUUUGGAUCCCAAAUAUAUUGAUAUUGUACCAUUAUUUGUUGCAAUGACCAAAACCCAUGUGAUAGCAGCUUCAAAAGAAGCAUUUUAUACCUGGCAAUAUCGUGUGGCAAAGAAGCUCACAGCAUUGGAAAUUAAUCAGAUCACGCGGUCUCGGAAAGAAGGGAGAGAAAGAAUUUAUCAUGUGGAUGAUACUCCUUCUGGAUCAGUGGAUGGGGUGCUUGACUAUAGUAAAGCCAUUCAAGGCACCCGGGAUCCAAUUUGUGCCAUAACUGCAUCUGAUAAGACACUGAUCGUGGGUCGUGAAUCUGGCACCAUUCAGAGAUACAGUCUUCCUAAUGUUGGUUUGAUUCAAAAGUAUUCCCUUAACUGUCGAGCCUACCAGUUAUCCUUGAAUUGCAAUUCUAGUCGUCUUGCUAUCAUAGAUAUCUCAGGAGUUCUAACUUUCUUUGACUUGGACGCUCGGGUAACAGACAGCACAGGACAGCAGGUCAUUGGCGAGUUGUUAAACUUGGAGCGUAAAGAUGUCUGGGAUAUGAAGUGGGCCAAGGAUAAUCCAGAUUUGUUUGCGAUGAUGGAGAAGACAAGAAUGUAUGUUUUCAGAAACUUGGAUCCUGAGGAGCCCAUUCAGACUUCUGGAUAUAUUUGUAUCUUUGAGGAUUUAGAAAUUAAAUCUGUUCUUUUGGAUGAGAUAUUGAAGAAUCCAGAACACCCAAACAAGGAUUAUAUAAUUAACUUUGAGAUCCGGUCCUUGCGAGAUAGUCGAGCAUUGAUUGAGAAAGUUGGAAUUGAAGAUGCAUCUCAAUUCAUUGAGGACAAUCCACACCCCCGACUUUGGCGCCUACUGGCUGAAGCAGCUCUUCAGAAACUAGAUCUGCACACGGCAGAGCAAGCGUUUGUGCGCUGCAAAGAUUACCAAGGCAUUAAGUUCGUGAAGCGCCUGGGCAAUCUACAGAGUGAGUCCAUGAAGCAGGCCGAAGUUGCUGCCUACUUCGGCAGGUUUGAAGAGGCAGAAAGAAUGUAUCUUGAUAUGGACAGAAGAGAUCUUGCUAUCGGCCUCCGGCUGAAAUUGGGAGAUUGGUUUAGAGUACUCCAGCUCUUGAAAACUGGAUCUGGUGAUGCAGAUGACAGUCUUCUUGAACAAGCCCACAAUGCCAUCGGAGACUACUUCGCUGAUCGGCAAAAGUGGUUGAAUGCUGUACAAUAUUAUGUACAAGGCCGGAACCAGGAACGCUUAGCUGAAUGCUAUUAUAUGUUGGAAGAUUAUGAGGGAUUGGAGAAUCUUGCCAGUUCACUUCCAGAAAACCACAAGUUGCUUCCAGAAAUAGCACAAAUGUUUGUGAGGGUUGGAAUGUGUGACCAAGCAGUGACCGCAUUUUUGAAAUGUAAUCAGCCAAAGGCAGCAGUAGAUACCUGUGUACAUCUCAACCAAUGGAACAAAGCUGUUGAGUUGGCUAAAAAUCACAGUAUGAAAGAAAUUGGAUCCCUGUUAGCGAGGUAUGCAUCUCAUUUAUUGGAAAAGAAUAAAACUCUUGAUGCCAUAGAACUCUAUCGGAAAGCCAAUUACUUUUAUGAUGCUGCUAAACUGAUGUUUAAGAUUGCAGAUGAAGAGGCAAAGAAAAGAACCAAACCUUUACGUGUCAAGAAGCUGUACGUACUGUCCGCUUUGCUUAUUGAGCAGUACCAUGAGCAAGUGAGAAAUGCCCAGAGAGGAAAAGUGAAAGGAAAGAGCUCAGAGGCCACAUCUGCUUUGGCUGGUUUGCUGGAAGAGGAAGUUCUGUCUACAACUAGUCGCUUCACAGAUAAUGCUUGGAGAGGGGCUGAGGCUUACCACUUCUUCACACUUGCCCAGAGGCAGCUCUAUGAGGGAUAUGUUGACACUGCAUUGAAGACAGCUCUUCACCUGAGAGACUAUGAAGACAUCAUCCCUGCCGUCGAGAUCUACUCUCUGUUAGCACUCUGUGCGUGUGCCGGUAGAGCUUUUGGUACUUGUUCAAAAGCUUUUAUUAAACUUGAAUCUUUAGAGACCCUCAGUUCAGAGCAGAAACAGCAAUAUGAAGAUCUUGCUUUGGAAAUCUUCACCAAACAUACUCCAAAAGAUAAUAGAAAAUCUGAAUUGGACAGCCUUCUUGAAGGAGGGGAAGGGAAAUUGCCAACAUGUGUUGCCACAGGAAGCCCAAUCACAGAAUAUCAGUUCUGGGUGUGCAAUGUGUGCAAGCACUGUGUUCUGGCUCAGGAAAUCAGUAACUACAACUUCUGUCCCUUAUGCCAUAGUUCAGUGGGAUGAAGAAAUGACAGAUUGUAUCUAACUGUAACAUACAUGUAGCAUGUAUACAUAGCUCUAAGUGGAUAUAUAAUAAAACUGACUUUCAUACAUUUUAUAUAAAAAUCAGCACCAUUAUUUCAUAGUUGUAUAUUUACACAGUUACAAAUUAUGUGUAUAACAUCUAUAUUAUAUAUACAUAUAUGUAUUAUGUAUACAUACAAUUUUGUGUAAAAAUACAACUAUGAAAUAAUCAUGCUGAUUUUCAUAUAAAAUGUAUGGAAAUCAGCCUUAUUUCCUACCUGCCUAUAUCUAUCUGUCUAUAAAUUAUGGUUACAUAAUACUAUGAAAAAAUUCCAAAUAAGAAAUUUUUCUCACAGUUUCAAGGUUACUAAUUCAUUAAGAAACCUUGGCAGGGGGCAGGUGGGGGAAGCAUGGGAGUGGGGCAAAGUUGAAUUUAGAGAGUUGACAUAACCUGUAUUAGAAGAAUGUUAAACAAUUGUGAUACUAAAAUUAGCUCUAUUGCUAGCUGUAUUUAAUUAAAUAAGUAUUGAAUGUCUUCUGUAUUUUAUUUUCAGAAAUGAGAAGACACUUAAAGAUAUUUUUUAUAAUUUGAAUUGUUUCUAAUAGCCUUAUUUUUUUAUAUAGUUUUUCCUUUUUUAUCUACCCUUUUAGCCUCACCUGAAAGAUGGCAUUUGGCAUUACUCUUUAUAUUGUGCAGAAAAAUUGGCUGUAUUUAUAAUGAUAUAAAUUUAUACAAAAACAUCCAUUUUAUAGUUAUAGUUUUAUUUGAAACAUUGUCUCCAAGCAGGGCCCUUCAUUUAAACAGCUCUGGGGCUGUGGGCAAUGAUCCUUUCUUAAUAAUGUGUCUGUUUUAUCAUUAAUUUAAAAAGAAAAACUUGCAAGCAUUACAAUGGGUAAUUGCUUACCUGUUUUAUAUAGCUAGAAGUGUUCUCCACUUCUUUCUCAUGAAUUUAUGUCCUUUCAUUUUGUGGCUGCAGGCCAGACUCUAGCACUGUUUCAUCACAGUUAUUUGCUCAAGUUUGGCUGAUGUUUAGUAGAGGCAAUAAAUAAAGAGAAAUAUGCCACGCUACUAUUGCAGCUAUAAUACUUAGGUUAGUUACCACAAUGUCUGAAAACAACCAUUAUACCUUGUAGACCUAGUUAUCACAUAUGUCUACAUGUGUAUACAUACAUAUAUACAUACAUGUGUAAACACAUACAUAUAUAUAGAGAGAGAGACAUAUCUUUUCUACUAUUGUAAAAUCUUAUGCCUGUUUGGGAUUUAUAUCUCGGAAAGUUUUAGUGAUCUUCCAUAAUGUCUUAAGGACCUUUGUUUUGGAUAAAAAUAGUACUAGAGACUAAAGACCCACAGUAUGAACUGACUUAAUUUGGUUUAUUCAGCAUGAAGGAAAUUUAAGAAUAACAACACCAAAAAACUCUCCCCUGAUGAAAGGAGCAAAGAGAAGCAAAAUUGUCUAUGUGUAACAAGUACUUGGAGAGAAGUUGGACAGAAUGAAGCAUAUAAUGAAAACAGUAUAAUGAAGCAGUUAUGUUGUUUCUCUUCCUGUAAUAAGCAUGUACUGACUCCAUUUAAUUAAUGCUGAGUUGUUCUUUAUCAUAAAACUUGGCCUGAAUUAUGUGAGGUUUCAAAGUAUAAUUGUAUUACAUUUCAAAGUUUGAAAAUACUUUGGUGGGCCAAAGUAUUGAGAUGAUGGGACCAACUGAUAAAAUUUAUGGUGAUAAGCAAUGUGCUUAACAAGCAACAAAGAUUGUUGACCUGCUAUCAUGCCACAAAUGCUAAUUUUAUUACACAUGUUUUUUUGUUUUCGUUUUUUUUGCUAAAUACACUUUGAAAUGAUCUUUUUGUAUUCCAAGAGCUGAGAUUUUAGGUUUUACAUGGCAUUAAAAAAAAAAAAGGAAAGACUAAA